AUGACGAUCUAUAGUCUCUACGUUUUCGAUAGACAUUGUGCCUGCGUAUAUUAUCAUGACUGGCACCGUACCAAGCAGACGAGGCCGGCCAUGGAGGGAGGGCUUUUGAAGGCCGUGUCUCGUGCUGUUGCUCCACGACAGGUUGAUAGCGGCACCACUGCUGCUCCUUCGACAUUUAGUAGUCCAAGGAAUACUCUCGUAUCCACCACUGGUGCUGUCGUUGCUAUCGGCGAAGACCCUUCAACUGGCACAGCACCGCCAACAGCAACCGUUAGACCCGGGCUCAACACACUCACGUUCGACGAAGAGGCGAAGCUUGUUUAUGGUGUCAUACUUUCACUACGGAAUAUGAUCAAAAAACUUUCUGGGAGAGAUGAACACUUCACGAGUUUUCGCACGUCGACAUACAAAUUACAUCUCUACGAGACGCUGUCGGGGUACAAAUUUAUUAUGUUGAGUGAUCCGUCCACCGACGGCCUGCGGUUCGUCUUGCGGCAGAUCUACAGCGGGCCGUUCGUGGACUACGUCGCUCGAAACCCUCUUGUUCCAAUGGACUCGAGGGAACAGGGCAUCGAUAAUGAGUAUUUCCGAGCCAGCGUGGAUCGCAUGGUUCGCGGUUUAUCUGUCUUUGCCUAA